AUGAAUAAUAAACCAACAAAAAAAGAUUAUCCUAGAAGAAAGGCAGGAUUUAAAGCAGCAGAAGAAGUACCAUCUACACUUGAACAAGCAGAAAAGAUAUAUCAAGAGGAACAAUCACUUAGUGUUAUCAUUCAAUUCAAAAAUAAAGAUGAUCAAGAAUCUGAACCAACUGGUCCACCAAUCUCUGUACCUCAAAAUAUAACUACUGAACAACUACAACUUUUGAUUAAUAAUUUAUUAAAAAAUGAUGAAGAAUUACCAUAUUCAUUCUUUGUAGAUGAGAAUGAAAUUGUAAAAUCUUUAAAGAAUCAUAUGCAAGGACAAUCUGAAGAGACAACAUUAAACAUUUUAUAUCAACCACAAGCAGUUUUUAGAAUUACACCAGUAACAAGAUGUUCAUCGUCAAUGGAAGGACAUACAGAGGCCGUAUUAAAUAGUGCUUUCUCACCAGAUGGUAGUGGUUUGGCAUCGGUUGGUGGUGAUGGUACAUUAAGAAUUUGGGAUUUAAAUACUCAAACUCCAAUCUUUACUUGCAAGGGUCAUACAAAUUGGGUAUUACAAGUUUCAUGGUCACCAGAUGGUAAAAAGAUUGCAACAGGUGGAAUGGAAGGUGAAAUUCGUAUAUGGAAUCCAAAGACUGGUAAACAAAUGGGAUCAGUUUUAAGGGGACAUACAAAGUUUAUUACUGCAUUGCAAUGGGAACCAUAUCAUUUAAAUCCAAAUUGUACCAGAUUGGCAUCAUCUUCAAAGGAUGCCACCGUAAAGAUUUGGGAUACAGAAUCAAACAAGUGUCUCAUGACUCUAUCGGGACACACAAUGAGUGUCACUUGUCUCAGAUGGAGUGGUGAAGGUCUCAUCUAUUCGGGAUCACAAGACAGAACCAUCAGAGUUUUCAACACCAACGAAGGUAGAUUAAUACGUGCACUCGAAGGUCAUGCUCAUUGGGUCAAUAGUAUAGCCCUCAAUACUGACUAUGUCCUCAGAACCGGUCCAUUUGAUCACACUGGAAAACAUCACGACACCAAAGAAGAGGCUCAAAAGGCUGCACUCGAGAGAUAUAAUCAAGUAUUAAAUUCGGUAGCAGGUGGCACCAAAGGUGAUGUAAUGGUAUCUGGAUCAGAUGAUUUUACAUGUAUCGUUUGGAAUCCUGCACAUGCCAAGGCACCAGUAGCUCGUUUGGCUGGACAUCAACAAUUAAUUAAUCUUGUAUCAUUUUCACCAAAUGGUCGUUAUUUUGCCAGCGCAUCAUUUGACAAAUCAAUCAAGUUGUGGGACGCUGCAAAUAACAAGUUUUUGGGUAAUUUCAGAGGACAUGUUGGUGCCGUCUAUCAAGUGUGUUGGAGUAGCGAUAGUAGAUAUUUAGUUAGUGGUAGCAAAGAUAGUACUCUCAAGAUUUGGGAUAUCAAGACAAAGAAAAUGACCAUCGAAUUACCAGGUCAUGCCGAUGAAGUUUAUACUGUAGAUUGGAGUCCAGAUGGUCAAAGUGUUGUUUCUGGUAGUAAGGAUAGAUUAUUAAAAAUUUGGAGAAAUUAA